UGAGCUCUCUCGCUGCGAGGGCAGGAGCGGAUUUAAAAGAGGCCAGGGCGGGCGGAGGGAGGCUGUGGAGAGAGCGCGGAGCCAGCGCAGAGCGCAGCGCACAGCGACAACCAGCCCCGAGCACCCACCGACGGCGCCGCCGUGCCCGUCGAGCCGACCGAGCCAGCCGAGCCCGCACGCUCCGAGCCGAGAGAGCCGAGGCGGGCGGCGUCUCCGGGUCGGCGCCUUCCCCGCGUCCCUGCUCCCGCGCCGCGCCCCUGCGACCAGCAUGAGGCUCCUGGCGGCCGCGCUGCUCCUGCUGCUCCUGGCGCUGUGCGCCGCGCGCCUGGACGGGUCCAAGUGCAAGUGCUCCCGGAAGGGGCCCAAGAUCCGCUACAGCGACGUGAAGAAGCUGGAAGUGAAGCCAAAGUACCCGCACUGCGAGGAGAAGAUGGUUAUCAUCACCACCAAGAGUGUGUCCAGGUACCGAGGCCAGGAGCACUGCCUGCACCCCAAGCUGCAGAGCACCAAGCGGUUCAUCAAGUGGUACAACGCCUGGAAUGAGAAGCGCAGGGUCUACGAAGAAUAGGGCGAAAAAUCUGGGAUAGGAAGACUCCAGAUCGGUUGGGUGACCUGAGUAGAGGACUUUGCAGAUUUUCAAAAAACCCUUUCUUUCUCACAGGCGUAAGACGCAAAUUCUAUAUUGUUACGAAGCACUUUUUACCAAGGGUCAGUUUUUACAUUUUAUAGCUGUGUGUGAAAGGCUUCCAGAUGUGAGACCCAUCUCUCUUGUGCUCCAGACUUCAUCACAGGCUGCUUUUUACUGAAAAGGGGGAAAACUCAUGCCUUUCCUUUACAAAAAAAAAUGCUUUUUUGUAUUUGUCCAUACAUCACUACACAUCUGAGCUUUAUAAGCGCCUGGGAGGAACAGUGAGCUUGGUGGAGACAUUUCAUUGCAGUGCUGUUCCGUUCCUAGCUUGGGAAGCUUCCGCUCGGAGGUCCUGGCGCCUCGGCACAGCUGCCACUGGCUCUCCUGGGCUUGUGGCAGGUCACAGCCUCAGUGUGACUCCACAGUGUCUCCGUAGCUGGGCAAGCAGGAGCAGGUCUCCCUGCAUCUGUUCUCUGAGGAACUCCAGUUUGGUUGCCAGAAAAAAAUGUCUUUCAUUCCCCCCUGGUUAAUUUUUACACACUCUAGGAAACAUGGCCAAGAUCCUGUGAUGGUGAGGCAAACGACCCUUGAAGAAAGUGUGGGGUCUUUUCUCCCAACCUGAGAGUUUUUGAAAGGGUCACAGCUUUAGCAUUUAAUGCUUUGGAAGCGUGUGAAGUCCCCAAUGCUGUUAGCAAAAACCUUAGGAGGAAACUUAAAAAUAUAUGAAUACAUGCACAGUACACAGCUACAGACACACAUUCUAUUGACAGGGGAAAACCUUCAAACCGUGUUUCUCUCCCCGACCACAACGGAACAUGCAGUACUGAAGCAAUAUGCGUGUGACUCCCCACGUGAUUCUUCGAUGUUAAGCAGUGCAGUCCUCUUCUGAAAGCUAAGAUGACCGUGCACCCUGCCCUGUGUACUCUUAAGAAUGCCCCCACAGCCCCCCCAGUAUACACUGCAUUGUACUGCUGUGUUAUAUGCUAUGUACGUGUCCGAAACCAUUAGCUUGCAUGCAGGUUUCGUAUUGUUUCUAAGACAAAAAGAAAAGCAAUAAAAUAUAUUUGAAAUGUACCGAAA